AUGAGUGAUCCAACUGAAUCAUAGUAGAAAUAAAAUAAUGAUGUAAUAUACUGCAAACAUCAUCCUGAAGAAUAGGUAACUAGAGUAUGCAAUAAUCCAGAAUGUAAUAAAGAUGGAUUCAUUUGUUCUAAGUGUGUACAUGAAGGAGCACAUGAAGGUCACCCAUCAUUUGGAUAUGCUAAGUUAAAGGCUGCUCUCAUUAAAUUUGUUAGUAUAAAUAUUAUUUUGAAUAUUAGAUUCAUCAAGAACACAAUAAGAUUUAACCAAAGAAGGUUAAUUAAGUUAUGCUAGAAUGUAGAACUAUUUAGAAGAGACAUCAUAAAGUAUUUAUAAAUAAGCCUAAAAAUUAAAUAAACUAAGUCAAUUCAUGGAAAAUCUGAAUGAAACUCUUUUAAGUUUAUAAGAGAUUGGAGAAGAGGUAGAUAUUGCAUAUACAAUACUUUAUAAUAUGGAUAAGAAAGAAUCAGGAGUAGAUGUUAGUACAUUAAAUGAUUACUUAAAUUAAUUUAGAUUAUUGAUGGAUAUCAAUUUAGAUUCAUAAAAUCAUGAAGUAUCUAUUAAGCCAUCAAGUAUUUCACAAUUAAGAAUUAAGAAUAUUUUAGAUAAAAAAGCUGAUUUUACAUCAUUAUUAAGAAAAACUGUAGAAGAACAUGAAUAACAUUUUUAAAAAUUCUUGAAAGAAAUGGGAGAUUUACUUAAAGAGAAUAAACAAUUUUUAGUACCAAAGGCAAAUGAAACAGAAGAGAAUAGAAAUGCUGAAUUUGGAAAGAGAGCUCUUUAUAAUUCUUAUUAUAAAUAAGAUACAGAAAAAACUGAAAAAAGUAAAAAGAAAGUAAAAGGGUAAGUUAAAGGCAAAGUAAAACAUGAAGAUGAUGAAGAAAUGAGUAUGGGUAGAGAAUAUUAAAUAGGAGCUGUUGAAAAAUGUGGUAUUCCAAAGUUAGAUUAAGGAUAACCACCAUAAGGAAUAAAAAAAUAGNAAAACAAGUUGAGCAUAAAAAAAAAAUUUGAUUUUUGUUAUAAAAGUAGUUUAAUUAAUUUAGGUUGGUUUACAAAAUAUAGUAAGGUAAUUAAAAAAGCAUUUUAAUAUUUUAUUCUUUUAUGUGAUAUUGAUGAUUCAGAUAAAAUGA